UUCACGCCGGACGUCCGCGUGUCAAGCACUGCUGCCAUCUUCCCUACCUCCUCAUCCAAGCCUCCGAACACGCUCUCGCUCCAUCUGGACCGCACAACGCUGCAGCAGUAAUUAACAACCGGAGGUGCACCCUCCAAAAAAAAAAAAAAAAAAAAUAUCAAACUUGGAGCUAACUUUCUCCCCCCUGCCUCACUUUUUUUUCACAAAAAAAAAAAAAAAAAAAAAAAGACCCUGCGGGGUUUUGCUUCUAAUUCGGACCACCUCUCGCCGGACUUGGAGGCAAAGUAACGUCCACUCAAGUGACCCUCAACGGGAACCACGCACUUUAACAGCGAUGGAGUACCUCAAGUUUUGCAUUGUGUUUUGGUGCUGGAUGACGUGUGCAAACGCGGUCGUGUCCACUGACACACCCCGGGGUCCUGCGCCUAUUCCUCAUGAAGAUUUACUUGUGCUAACAGUGGCAACAGAAGAAACGGAUGGCUUCCGCCGCUUCAUACAAUCUGCAAACUAUUUCAACUACACUGUGAAGGUGUUGGGAAUGGGGGAAGAAUGGAAGGGCGGUGAUGUUGGCCGCUCUAUCGGCGGCGGCCAAAAAGUCAGACUACUGAAAGAGGCCGUGGAAAGUCUAGCUGACCAGGAGGACCUUGUGGUCCUCUUUGUGGAUAGCUACGAUCUUAUCUUUGCCGGAGGACCAGAGGAGAUUCUCAGGAAGUUCCAACAAGCGAAUCACAAAGUCCUUUUUGCUGCAGAAGGGCUGAUAUGGCCAGAUAAGCGACUGGCCGACAAGUAUCCCACGAUCCGCAGUGGCAAGCGGUACCUCAACUCAGGAGGAAUAAUGGGAUAUGCCCCAUACAUAAACCGAAUCGUUUCACAGUGGAACCUUCACGACAAUGACGACGACCAGCUCUUCUACACUAAAAUAUUUGUGGAUCCACUACAAAGAGACUCUCUCAACUUGACACUAGACCACAAGUGCCAGAUUUUCCAGAACCUGAAUGGCGCAAUUGACGAAGUGCUUCUCAAAUUUGGAACCAACCGCGUGAGAGUUAGAAACACAGCGUACGACUCUCUGCCAGUGGUUGUCCAUGGCAACGGGAAUACCAAAAUGUACUUGAACUACUUGGGCAACUACGUUCCCAACACAUGGAACUAUGAGCACGGCUGCAGCCACUGUGACGAUGAUGUCGUGGAUAUGUCUCAGUUGAAAGAGUUCCCCAACGUGCUGGUCGGCGUCUUCAUCGAGCACCCGACGCCCUUUCUCCCUGAGUUCUUCGAACGUUUGAUGACAUUGGAUUAUCCCAAAGAUAAACUCAAGGUUUUCAUCCACAAUAAUGAGGUUUACCAUGAGAGGCACAUGCAGAUGUUUUGGGAGGAACAUAGGAAUGUGUUCAGCAGCUUGAAGGUCGUUGGACCAGAAGAAAUUCUCAGCCAAGGAGAGGCCAGAAACAUGGCCAUGGAUCUUUGCCGCCAGGAUGCCACAUGUGACUUCUACUUCAGCAUAGACUCAGACGUGAUGCUCACCAACACACAGACUCUGAAGCUCCUCAUUGAGCAGAACAGGAAAAUCAUCGGCCCCCUCGUCACUCGCCACAACAAGCUGUGGUCCAACUUCUGGGGAGCGUUGAGUCUGGAUGGUUAUUACGCCCGCUCGGAAGAUUAUGUCGAUAUUGUGCAGAGAAAACGAGUAGGUGUGUGGAACAUUCCCUACAUGGCGCACAUCUACCUGGUCCGGAGCGACGUUUUGAGGAAGGAGUUGAAAGAAAGGAACUACUUUGUUCUUGAGAAACUGGACCCUGAUAUGGCUUUGUGUAAACACACCAGAGAGCUGACCAGUCACAGAGAAAAAGAGUCCCCUUCUCCGGAAUCAUUCCAUAUGCUCAGGCCCCCAAAGGGAGUCUUCAUGUACUUAACAAACCGCCACGACUUUGGAAGGCUCAUUUCCGCAGCCAAUUAUAACACUUCUCAUUAUAACAGCGACUUGUGGCAGAUAUUCGAAAACCCCCUGGACUGGAAGGAGAAGUACAUUGAUCCCAACUACAUGAAAAUCUUCACUGAAAACUACUUGGAAGAGGUGAAGGUGGGACUGAAAAAUACGUCUCUCUGUGUGUUUGGCCUGCAGCCUUGUCCAGAUGUGUUUUGGUUUCCGGUCUUCACAGAAAAGGCCUGUGACGAACUAGUGGAGGAGAUGGAGAACCACGGCUCGUGGUCUGGAGGCAAACAUGAGGACAAGCGGAUCGCCGGCGGCUACGAGACAGUCCCGACGGACGACAUCCACAUGAAGCAAAUCGGAUUCGACAAGGAGUGGCUUCACUUUAUCCGAGAGUUCAUCGCGCCUGUGACGCUAAAAGUUUUCUCUGGAUACUAUACAAAGGGUUACGCGGUCAUGAACUUCGUAGUCAAGUACACUCCCGGGAGGCAAUCAUACCUGAGGCCCCACCAUGACUCCUCCACCUUCACUAUCAAUAUUGCUCUUAAUAACAAAGACAUAGACUUUCAGGGUGGCGGCUGUCGUUUCCAUCGCUACAACUGCUCCAUAGAGUCGCCCAGGAAAGGCUGGAGCUUCAUGCACCCAGGACGACUGACUCAUCUCCACGAAGGACUACCCACCACCAACGGCACACGCUACAUCGCGGUGUCCUUCAUCGACCCCUAAAAAAAAAAAAAAAAAAGAAAACUUGUCUAAUUCCACUGUAAUUGAAACUUUUGACUGAUCUUGGCUCCUCGUGUUUGUUUUGUGUGUUUUUGUGCCCCGAUCUUUUGUAGUUAUGCAUUUUUAAAGCUAUUUGCUUUAAAAAGAUGAGUGAUUGCAAAUAAGCGAAUCUCUGUCAGACAGAGUGUUGACUGGAAAUGGGACGUGAGUAAAUUCUCACGUUUAGGUACACAAAGGAGAGGCAUUUUGCUAGCUGGGUACACGUAUUCCAGUUAUUACAAACAAGAGACUUCCAUGGUGUAUUUAGUGAGUGAGCUCAUCAUGAUUUUCCAAGUCAUUUUGGCUUUUAGCUGUAUCAGGCUAGCGUGCACAUUGUGCAGAUCUGAUGUGUUAACAUUUGAAAAAUGGAACUUUUUUUAUUUUUUUUAUUUUUAUUUUAUUUUUUUAAUCAACUGGUGCUAAUCAUCAUUCCGUCUUUUUAGACAGAAUUUAUUAAUUGGUGAUGCAAGUGAGUCAAGGUGUUUUUGGUUUGAUAAUCUAUUUUUGUAUUUUGCACGGCAGACAGAAAAACAAACAGGUCAGCAAAACCCGCUGUGAGUUUUGUUUGAAUGGAGUCUGUUACUUGAAGGUUUGUCACUUGCCUCUUUGAAAAUUGACAUUCAUCUUCGUUCCUGAAACCAAAAUCUGAAAACAAUGUCCUUGUAUGAAUGAAUUUUGCUACU